AUGCACGGUGUGACAGUAUCACCGUCUCAACCAUGGGACCAUAUGGACUAUAGGAGGAGGGAUGAAGAGAUUUGGUUCUGUCACCCUCAAAGCCUCAUGCCAACGUCCAAUAUGUCUGAGCCGGUCGGCGCCCGUCACUAUCGACUCUCAUACAGGAUAUGCCAUGGUCUUCGACCUUCGUCCCACCCAUCAUGGUGCCAUAGGACUAUAGGGCGAGAGACGAAAAGACUUGUUUGGUGGUAUUUCCAUUUGAAACCGUUAUAA